AGUCGCGAAACCGAGAACCAGUUUUCAGUUUCAGCAAACACAACUAGCCGUCAGUUUAGCGUGUUUGCGAAUUGGCAACAAACCUACCGCCCACACCCAAAAUUCAAAAGCUAACCGAAGUAGCGCUUCCCCACUUGGAGCAGCACUUGGAGUUCAACUACCGCUUCAAUAUGUACAACAACAAAUCGAUCAUGCUCCUCGGUCUUGCCCUGACACUGUGCUGUCUGCUGCACUCCAGCAAUGCAAUGCCCUCCAUAGCGCACUAUGGCAAGCGUUUUGAUCCUAUGGGCGGCAUUGACUUUAUACAGAUUUGCUUGAACAACUGCGCGCAGUGCAAGAAAAUGUUUGGCGACUAUUUUCAAGGUCAAACCUGCGCUGAGUCCUGUCUGAAGUUCAAGGGCAAGGCCAUACCGGACUGCGAGGACAUCGGCUCCAUUGCGCCCUUUCUGAAUGCGCUGGAGUAAGCCUCCAGCUGCAAUUUGGGUCUGGGCAUGUGUGUGUGCGGAUUUUAUAUGGCCUGUGACUCAGUUCACACAAUUGGGUCAAUGCGAUUGCGACAAACUUGGCUGACGAUGAUCACAAUGACACUGAAAAAAACACAAAACUGUUAACUCUCAAACUAAACGUAUACGUAAUGGCUUUAAACAGGCAGCACGGCAACAAAGAAGUUCCUAUAGCAAACUAAUACUUACGCAUUAAAAAUAUACU